AUGGUUCUUCGUAGCCUGACGCUGCUCUCAACUCUCUUCGUCGCUGCGGCGACAGCGGCCGGAUAUGAAGUGCCCAUCGUCGACAGAGAUUAUUCGAGGCAAAUAUGUUCAGGAAUGUGGAGUAAUGCGCAAACCUAUAUCAAUGUCAGUUUCGACAGCUCAUCACAGGGACAAUUGGCCAUGGUCAUUUACGAGUGGGCAGACGCACCAUACCUGGGCAAGAUAACCUCGGAGGAGGACGACUACUUGCCUAAAACAUAUGUUUGCACCUCUGACGCUGUUCGAGGAGGGUUCUGCUCCCAGUCUCAACUUGGUCGCUUCAUCCUUGACCUUCCUGAAUCCACCUCAAUCAAUGACACCAGCUUCUGGUCUGCUCGCGUUGCGUUUCCCACCGCUGGCGGCUCCUCUGAUACCUCUUUGGAAACCGACGUGAGCGAGGACACUACCACCUCCUCAGAGUCCUCUGGUAGUCUUUGGGAUAAUCCGGAAGGCAAUCCUGUAGUCCCAGAAGGCGAAGGUGAUGUGGCGUGGCGUCGGUCUCUCGUGGCACCGAGCAAAAGGGACACAAUCAACCCAAGCCCUACAAGCAUUCUAACGUACCAGGAGCCUAUACAGUAUCUCGUCAGAAAGACUGGAUACUACUGUGUUGCGGUCGUCCCUGUCACUGUCUUACAAUCGCGAGAACCUGGAGAACUCGUAGAGCGUCAAUCCAACUCUUCAGAAGUCCAUCCAACUUAUCAAGGUCUCGUUCAUUUCCACAACACAUUCGACGGCCAGCUGGCCGCUACGGAGUACCCUAAAGUGACAUUCUACCUGGUGAUGUUCAUCGUCUACGCGGUGCUGGGCGGUGCGUGGGGGUGGCUUUGCUACAAGCACCUGUCAGAAUUACUUCCACUUCAAUAUUAUCUCUCUGGACUCGUUGGCUUCCUGAUCAUCGAAAUGCUCGCCAACCUAGCUUAUUACCGCUACCUCAACGCGCACGGAAAGAAUACCGUUUCGACUGUCUUCCUCUUUGUGGUCGCCAUUCUCGACGCCGGCAGAAACUCACUCUCGUUCUUUAUGUUGCUUGUCGUAUCUCUUGGACUCAGCGUCGUUCGCGACAGUCUUGGGAGCACGAUGCGCAAAUGUCAACUACUUGCUGGCGCUCAUUUCAUUUUCGGAGUCCUUUACGCAGUGGGCAUCGUGGAACUCGAAUUCGAGUCGACCUCAGCCCUCGUAUUACUCCUCUUCGUCAUUCCUUUAGCUUUCACUCUGAGUGGAUUCCUGAUGUGGAUCCUGUACUCGCUCAAUGCCACCAUCGCCCAGCUCAAAGCAAGGAAGCAACGCUACAAGCUCGGCAUGUUUCAACGACUGCACUACAUCCUUCUAUUCGUUGUUGUCGUCAUCGCCAUAUUCUUUGUCGUCUCGUCAUUAUCGUUCUCCGGUCGUCUUGCUGAAGACUACGCGGCCAAGACUUGGAAAGUCCGCUGGUGGCUUCUCGACGGCUGGCUCGCCCUUCUCUACCUAGUAGCCUUCACCUCUAUUGCUUACCUCUGGCGACCGUCGGAACACAACAGAAGAUAA